AUGUCUGCAAUCCCGCUCGCUACACGAUGGGCUUUGCGCCCAUCAGCGCUCUCAGUCGCCAGAACAACGUUCAUCUCCGCUGGCCGGAUCGCCUGUCUUCACCAACAGGGCCCUUCACGAUCGGCCGUGGUCCACGAGCAGGCACUUCCUCAAAGCCAAACACAAGUCCCGCAAUCCACUCCCCCGCAACAUAAUGAGGUCGCAAGCCUUGAUGCCCUUAUCUCCCAAAUGCCUCUCGUCCAGUCCCUCCGCCAAUCCCAACAGAACUACAAGGAGUCACGCCCGCAUCUCGCCAUCCCGCCUGCGAUUCGGCAACACCAUCUCGUGGGUGGUAGUCUAGUGGGCCAGGGCAAGCUGGCGCUCAUGCCCUAUAUGUGGACUUCCUCGCAGACGGCCAGCAGCGGCAAAUCGAAGAUCCAGACGAAAGCUGUUUCGGUAUUCCACAUUGGCCGGGAUCUGUGUGGACAUCCUGGCUUUGUGCACGGUGGAUUGCUAUCCGUGCUUUUUGAUGAGGUGUUUGCUAGAUGUGUCUCUGCUGCGUUUCCUAGUGGGCUUGGAAUGACUGCGAACUUGAAUGUUGACUUCAGGAAGCCUGCGAUCCCGGAUCGCAUGUAUGUGUUGCGGGCUGAGACUACUAAGGUUGAGGGACGGAAGGCUUGGGUUGAGGGCCGGAUGUUCUGUCUUCCGUUGGCUUUGCCUUUAACUCAUGGUGCACCUGGUCUCAUCUCUGAUACGAGCUUGUUGAGCGAAGAUAGUGAGGGAGCGGUUAUGGUGGCUGAGUCGAAGGCUUUGUUUGUAGAGCCCAAGUUUGCAGACUCUAUGGUGUCUGUGUACCGCACCUGA